UGAGUACCCCGUUUACUAGACCGCGAGAUCUUUGUUAUUGCUUUUAAGUGAACGGGAAAAUGCGCGUACAAAUAAUUAGAGUAUUUUCAUAAGUUGGCUUAGGUUAAUGUGUACAGUGUAAUCGGUAGAAAUGAAGCUACCAUCGUUCCCGGAUAGUUUUUUUACUUAUUUUUCUGCUGUAGCAGUGAAUCUUCUUACUUAUGGAGGAGGGAUGGCUUAUGGCUGGUCAUCUCCAGCUUUACCAAAACUCAAUGGUCAAGUUGAUCCAGAGCAUAAUCCGUUAUCUCAGCCUAUAACCGUCCGAGAAGAAUCAUGGAUAGCAUCUCUAUUAAGUUUGGGAGCCAUGAUCAGUCCCCUCCUGGCGGAAUUCAUAUCCGAAAAAAUUGGGAGAAAAAAGACUUUACUAGCGCUGUCAUUGCCAAUGAUCAUUGGACACUUCAUCAUGAUUUUCGCCAAUAACGUUUUGCAUUUUUAUAUCGCCAGGUUCCUAAUGGGGUUAACCGAAGGCUGUAUCUUCUCAAUAAUCCCAGUCUAUUCAGCAGAGAUAUCCGAAAAACACAACAGAGGAACAAUAGGAGCCAUAAUGUUACUUUUUAUAUCUAUAGGCCAUUUUUCGUCCAGCACCAUAGGCCCUUAUGUUAGCCUACAAAACUUUGGCAUAAUUUCUCUAGUUCCUUGCCUAUUAUUUUUAAUUAUAUUUGGAAUAUUCGUACCUGAAACUCCAUAUUUUUACGUUCUGGUGGAUAAAACUGACUAUGCGAGAAAGUGUUUGAAAAAAUUGAGAAGAAAAGAUGAUAUUGAUGAGGAGAUGGAAGAAAUUAUCAAAGGAGUUAAAGAAUUGAAAGGUACUCAAGAUAAAAAUCCUUAUAAAGAACUUUUUACCGAUAAACAUUCUGUUAGAGCUUUUUUAAUAGCUUUAAACUUGAUGGUGCUACAACAAUUCACAGGUUUGAUCUACAUCGUUGAUUACACUCAGAAAAUAUUUGAUUCCGCUCAAACUCCUUUAAAUGGAGAUAUUUCUGUUAUUUUAGUAACAACCAUUCAAGUUUUCAGUAUUGCUUCUUCAACAAAUACUAUUGACCGCGUCAACAGAAAAGUUUUAUUAAUAAUUUCAUUAAUAAUAAUUUUUUUGUUGCAAAUAAUUUUAGGCGCCUUCUUCUAUUUACAGCAAAACAAUGUUGAUUUAAAACAGGUUUCUUGGUUACCAAUAGCUUGCCUCAUGAUAUUUAUUAUGGCAUUUCAAUUGGGCAUUGGACCAAUUAGCUACAUAUUUCCUGGAGAAAUUUUGGAACCAAAUGUUAAGUCCUUAGGGAACACUCUGGUGAUGUCCCUAGGGCUUUUAGCUGAGUUUGGAAUAGCCACACUAUUUCCCUUGAUGUCGGAUCAAAUAGGAUUUUAUGUGCCUUUUUGGAUUUUUGCUUUAACAUCGUUUGUGGCUGUAUUUUUUGUUUGGUUUUGUGUGCCCGAGACUCGGGGUAAGAGCUUUUUGCAAAUUCAAAAUGAUGUUAGAAAUAAAGAAAAAUAGUAUAGCAUUCAUGA